GACUAAAAGACCUACUAAGUUUGCAAGGAUCUCGCUCAUGUCCACCCAGAAUCAACACACAUGUCUAUCAGAGAUUCAUACUACGUUUUCCCAGAAGGUGGACACUAAGAAUGGGUCUUGGUUACCUGAUCAACCACUUUUUCGGUGAAUGCCACUGGCAGAUACAUAGCUUUUAUCUUCACAGAAGCCGCAACCGCAUUUUUAUCCAGAGCCUUGGUUAUUUUUUCUCUAUCAAGUCACGUAAUCGAGAGCUGUUUUGGUGUCGUGGAUUUGAUUAGGAUGCAGAAACGGUUCCACGAGGUGUACAUAUGAAGUAUAAAGAUACGGUCGACCGUCCAAAACCGUCGCAUUCCCCCCUUUUCAUUGACAACCACAAUGUCUAACCGCUGGACUCAGUAUACCGAGGAUUCUUGUCGCCUCCCUGAAGGCGUCACCCGCAUAGCUUACGAUGCUGACUCUGGCCGAUAUACCUUCCGCGAUCGUUCAGGACAACUCUACGAAAGUGCCCCACACGCAGAAUACGGAGAGCUCACUCCGGUAUCUUCUCCAAGCAGCCAUCGUCGUCGAGUGACCAUCACAGAGCGACGAGAUCCUAGGCUGUAUGCCAAGUUUACGAAUGGACCGCCAAAGACGUUCAAUGAUAUCCUACCCUCUGAUUACAUAGCUUCGCCGCUCGAGGCUGAUGCUGAUGGAAGUUCAGACGGGUCCAAAUCCCCUUCUCCCGUAGACGCCAAGGACGCUGUGAAGGGGCGGUUCAUCAAUGCUGUACGGCAAUCAACUGUCCCAAAGAUGCACAACGCCGUGGAUGGUGUAAUGAAGCGGUCCAAAAGUAUGGUUGAUAGGCGUAGGACUCGCUCAGCGACGGAGGAUAAGCGUCUCCUGCUUUCUUCUGACGGUGAGAGCAUCCGUAGCGUCCAUGAGCUGGAUGAUCAGGAGAUAUUUGCUCGUAUAAUAUCACAGUACGGCCCUCCUCCUUCGUACCCCUCACGGGUAUCCAAGACCGCAUAGAGCUAAACCGGUAUUAUAAGAGUGCCCUGUGUAGAUGAUAUCGUAGUAACGGGGAAAAUGUAUCAUUACAUAGCUGGAUAUGUAUAGUUGUUCCUUAUCCGUUGU